AAACCGCGGUUUCCGAGUGCAACGAGUUGCAUCCUUCCCAGUGGAUUUUCGUGCUCGCUUUCCAAAAAUUUGGGGAUCGAGAGAUGGCCGAGGGGCGGAAGCAAGGCUUCACCAACUUCGAGCUCGCCUGUAGCUUCCUGAGCCAGUACAUCAAGGAGAAGGGCAGCGUCGCCGACCUAGGGCUCGGGAUCGCCCAGGACCCCACUAAGGGCAACUCCCAGUCGUUUCGGCCGCCGCCGGCCACCAUUUGUUUGUUGCCCGGAGCGGACAUCUCUGGUGGAGAGGACUGCGAGAAGGAAAGCCAAGGGGAAGUAGCUUCCCAUGAGAACCCGAUGGAGCUCUUUCCCCGGCGUGCCGGAUUCAUUCCCUCCGUAUCACAGGAUUCAAGGGGGGAAGAAAAAUCCCAACUUUCAAUUUUCUACGGUGGAAACGUGCUGGUGUUUGACAAUUUCCCAGCCGAGAAAGCCAGGGAUCUGAUCCGGAUAGCAAGCGAAGGGAAUUCCGCUGCUCAAAACUUUAGCUACGUUCCUCCUGUGACAGCCUCAAGUUCCCUCUCUCGUCAAAGCUCGACCUUGGUCAAUCAGCCAAGAUCAGCAGAGCCAAAUCUCUCAGAUCUUCCUAUUGCUAGAAAAGUUUCACUGCAACGAUUCCUGCAGAAGAGAAACUACCGGAUCAAUGCGAGAGCACCGUACCAAAUGAUUCCAUCUCCUCGAAUGGCCACUUCUGUUAACCAGGAGAACCGCAAAGCAUGGCUUGGCUUGGGCACUAACCUCUUCACUCCCAGUCUCAGUCUGAGCUCUGAGUAUAGCAGAUAGGCCUGCUUGUGUCGAGUUC